CGCGAGAUCUCCCCCGUAGCCGCGCCGACGGCUGCGGCUCCUGACAGGAAGGCCGCCGUUGGUUCUGUCGCGGCCUUUCGGCGAGGCGGUGGGAAGGAUGGAGUACCUGGCUCAGUCCACCGAUCCCAGUCCCGCGCACAUCUUGUGUUGUGAGUGUGGUGUCCCAAUUAGUCCAAAUCCUGCCAAUAUUUGUGUGGCCUGUUUGCGAAGUAAAGUAGAUAUCAGCCAAGGAAUUCCAAAACAACUCUCAGUUUCUUUCUGCAAACAGUGUCAAAGGUACUUUCAGCCACCAGGAACUUGGGUACAGUGUGCUUUAGAAUCCAGGGAACUUCUUGCUUUAUGUUUGAAAAAAAUCAAAGCCCCUCUGAGUAAGGUACGACUUGUAGAUGCAGGCUUUGUUUGGACUGAACCCCAUUCUAAGAGACUUAAAGUUAAAUUAACUAUUCAGAAAGAGGUGAUGAAUGGCGCUAUCCUUCAGCAGGUAUUUGUGGUGGACUACAUCAUCCAGUCUCAGAUGUGUGGAGAUUGCCACAGAAUAGAAGCAAAAGAUUUCUGGAAGGCUGUAAUUCAAGUCAGGCAAAAGACUUUACACAAAAAAACAUUCUACUAUUUGGAGCAGUUGAUUCUGAAGUAUGGAAUGCAUCAGAAUACACUUCGUAUCAAAGAGAUUCAUGAUGGUCUAGAUUUCUAUUAUUCUUCAAAACAACAUGCUCAGAAGAUGGUAGAAUUUCUUCAGUGCACAGUUCCUUGUAGAUUCAAAACAUCACAAAGGUUGAUCUCUCAAGAUAUCCAUAAUAACACUUGCAAUUACAAAAGCACUUUUUCUGUGGAAAUAGUUCCAAUCUGCAAGGAUAAUGUUGUCUGCCUUUCUCCAAAACUGGCACAAAGCCUUGGAAAUAUGAACCAGAUAUGUGUUUGUAUUCGAGUAACUAGUGUUAUCCAUCUUAUAGAUCCAAAUACUUUACAAGUUGCAGAUAUUGAUGGCAGCACUUUCUGGAGUCAUCCUUUCAAUAGUUUAUGCCAUCCCAAACAGCUGGAAGAGUUUAUUGUGAUGGAAUGCAGCAUAGUCCACCAUCCAAAGCGCAGUGCAGGUGCUGGGGUGAUAUCAAAAAAGCAUACCCUUGGGGAAGUUUGGGUGCAGAAAACAUCUGAAAUGAAUACAGAUAAACAGUAUUUUUGUCGCACUCAUUUGGGACAUCUUCUAAAUCCUGGAGACCUGGUAUUGGGGUUUGUAUUUUAUACUAUUACCUUUUUAUUAGCAUACAUUAAUAUUAGUAGUACAAGGAGAUUUCACUCUAAACUUAUUUUGUUGUCCUGUAGGCAAUACCAAGAUUUCCUUGAAGAUCUCGAAGAAGAUGAGGCAAUUAGAAAAAAUGUCAACAUUUACAGAGAUGCAACCAUUCCUGUGGAAAGUGACACUGAUGAUGAAGGUGCACCUCGCAUCAGUCUGGCUGAGAUGCUUGAAGACCUUCACAUUUCCCAAGAUGCCACUGGUGCUGAAGGUGCCUCAAUGAUGACGUAAGGAGAUUGUGCAGUAGAUGGUUUGCAUAUGGGCUGCGGAGUUGAACAAACCUUUACUGCAUACUGUUUCAGCUGGAGAAGUUUAAACUUAAAUAAAUAUGACUUGAUUGUUCAAAGUACUGAAAAGAUUUGGUAGUUUUGCCGUUUUAGAUAAUAAAAAAUUAGAGAAUUAUUACUGAUAUCAAGGUUAUUUUAUGUGCUCAAUUUUAACAUUUUAACUUUCAAUAUAUGAAACUAUUGUAUUUUCAUACAUUGUGCUCAAAAGUUGUGAUUCCUUGGCUGUUAACUAAGUAAGCAUAAAAUCGGCUUUUACAUUU